AUGACCCCCCCACCCAAACCCCGAGAAAAAGACGCCCAAACCUGCGGCAACCGAGGCCCCUGGGCCGAACCCUCGUGGUACAACUCCCUCUCCUCACCCUACUACACACACACGCACCGGCACCUGCGCAACACGCUGCGCGCCUACAUCGACACCCACAUCAAGCCGUACAUGCUGGAGUGGGAAGCCAAGGGUGAAGCCCCGCUGUCCGCCCGCCUGGCGUGGGCCAGCUCCGGGUUUGCGUUUACAGAGGUGCCGGCGCAGUAUCGGCCGGCGCAGGUGCCUGGCCCUGCGGGGAUACCGGCGGCGCAGCUGGAUGUCUUUCACUUAAUGGUCUUGGCGGAUGAGGGCGCGAGGAUGGAGGGCGGGUUGGGCACGGCGUUGGGGGGCGCGAGUGUGAUUGGGGUGCCGCCUGUUGUGGAGCAUGGGAGUGAGGAGCAAAAGGCGAGCUGGUUGCCUGGGCUGUUUACGUGGGAGACGAGUUUUGCAUUGGGGAUUACGGAGCCGAGUGGGGGGUCUGAUGUUGCGAAUAUCGAAACCACGGCUACGAAGAGCCCGGAUGGCACGCACUACAUCGUCAACGGGUACAAGAAAUGGAUCACCGGUAUGCCAUGGGCAACACACAUGACCACGGCCGUCCGCACCGGUGGCCCCGGCAUGACCGGCAUCUCCGUGCUCGUAAUCCCCACCUCGAGCCGCGGCCUCACCCACCGACGCAUCGCCAACAGUGGGCAAAACAGCGGGGGCGCCUCCUUUGUCGAGCUCGACAACGUGCAGGUACCGGUAGGCAACCUGCUGGGCGAAGAAAACAAGGGCUUCCGCAUCAUCAUGAAGAACUUCAACAAAGAGCGCUUCCUCAUGUCCAUAGGCUGCAACCGCAAAGCAAGAACCUGCCUCUCCGAAUCCACCGCCUACGCCCACACCCGCCACACCUUUGGCAAACCCCUCGUCUCCAACCAAAUCAUCGCCCACAAACUCGCCACCAUGGCCCGCUACAUUGAAAGCCACUGGGCCUGGCUCGAGCAACUCGCAUACCACAUUCAGCAGUCCCGCGACGGGUGGCAGGACGCCGAGAUAGCCGGCCAGAUUGCGCUGACCAAGGUGCAUGGGGGCCGCAUCUUGGAGAUGGCAAACCGCGAGGCGCAGCAGAUUUUCGGGGGCGCGGGCUAUCAGAAGGGCGGGCCGGGGGCGGUGGUGGAGCAGAUGAGUCGUGAUUUGAGGAUGAUGGUGGUGGGUGGCGGGAGUGAGGAGAUUAUUGCCGAUUUGGCGCUUAGACAGGAGACUGCGCUGGCGAAGAGGAGGGGCUGGAAGCUUUGA